CGGGGAGCGGGGGGAGUGGUUACGGGCUCCGGCGCGACACCCCCGGCCCCCCCGCCCCGCUCAGCCGCCCCUCUCCAAAUAAAUCAGCACCAUGACUACUUCUGGGCAUGGAACAAAGAGGAUGCUCUCCCGGGGCCCCGCGCUGCUCCUGGCGCCGCUGCUGCUCCUGUGCCGAGUGGUGGAGAGCCGAGGAGGGAUCAUGGACAGCAUCCAGAGAUUCUCCAACCUGCCAACCUAUCUCCCUGCCAGCCCUCACAUCUCCAACGCUGAUGUUUUCUUCUUCCUCAAAGAAGCCAACCAGGAUAUCAUGAGGAACUCCAGUUUGCAGUCUAGGGUGGAUUCAUUCUUUAUAUACAAAGCCAACCAGCCACCUGUCCUCAAUGCCACCUACGGACCCUUUUCUGUUGAACAGCCCAUUCCCUUGGACCUCAUGCUGACUUCUGCUUCUUUUGGUUUCACAAACAAAUUCACUUUUAAUUGGAAAUUAAAAUCCCACAUAAUCAACAGCUCCAUCUAUUCCAACAAACCUAAAAUCCAGACCUUGUUCUACAUAGCAGGGAAGGACUGGGAUGACUACGACUCGGAGGAGAUGCUGCCUUGUGUGAAGAUGUUUGCUUUCCUGGAGUCCAGAGAAGUGGUGGCCAGCUGCAGGUUGACAGGCCACCUAGGAUUAUGUGUUGUGGAGUUGGAAUUGUCUCCCAGCUGGUUCAGCUCCCCUCCACCCCUGGUUUCAGAGGAAUCAACCUCCCUGGAAGGGAUUACUGUGGAGCUCUUCUAUAAGAUUUAUACAGUGGAUGGGGAAUGUUCUCCAGAGGAUGCAAAAUGGGAAAACAAUAUCCAUGCAGGGGAAGAGAAUGAACACCAAGCUUUGUCAGCUAUGGAGAGGAUUGGUAGCAUCGUUGUUUACCCAAAUCAAGACAAAUUAAAGCAGUCUUCACUGAGGGUGGAUGAAAAUCUCAUUAUUCACUUACCCCUCAGCCCGGUCAGAGAGGGUGACAUUGUGACCUUCCAUGUUUUCCUGGCUGAUUACUCGCUAGCAGACCAGUUUGUAUUAAGGAUCAGGACGGGCCCAGGAGUGAAGAUCUCGGACAUCAGGGUGAGCGAUGCUGACCAGUGGGGGGUGCAGGAGGAGACAGACAGCGCCAGGAGCACGGCCACGCUCACCUGUGUGCACAACGACCCCGGCGCCCAGGACAGAGCAAACAUGACCUCCUACGAGAUCCUGCAGAUGGAUUUUGAGAUUGCCAACGGCAGCAGCCUGGCAGGGGCCCAGCAGAUCACCUGGCAGGUGGAAUAUCCCCGGGACGACUCCGUCAGCGAGCUCGUGGUGUCCGAGAUCUUCGUCAGCAGGACCAUGUUCGUGGGGAUUGUCCCCCUGGCCAUGGACACUGAGAUCCUCAACACUGCCAUCCUCACGGGCAGGAUGGUGUCUGUGCCAGUCAAGGUGGUGGCUGUGCAGGAGGACGGCUCCGUGGUCGACGUCUCGGACGCCGCCGAGUGCAGAUCCGCCGACGAGGACGUGCUCAAGGUUUCUGACAGCUGUGACUCCAUCUUCGUUAAUGGCAAGGAAAUGAAGAGCAAAGUGGAUACGAUUGUGAACUUCACUUAUCAGCAUUUCACCACCCAGCUGGAGGUGACAGUCUGGGUCCCCAGGCUCCCUCUGCAGAUCGAGAUCUCUGACACAGAGCUCAGCCAGAUCAAAGGCUGGAGGAUCCCUGUCACCUCCAACAAAAGGCCCACCCGUGACAGCGAGGAUGAAGAGGAUGAUGAGAAGAAGGGCAAAGGCUGCACCCUGCAGUACCAGCACGCCCUGGUCAGGGUCCUCACCCAGUUUGUGGCCGAAUCCUCGGAGCUUGGAGGCCACCUGAGCUACCUGCUGGGCUCAGAGUGGCACUUUGACAUCACCCAGCUGGUGGCUGACUUCAUGAAGGUGGAGGAGCCCAAGGUGGCCAAGCUGCAGGAGGGCAGAGUGCUGGCUGGGCGGGAGCAAGGCAUCACCACGGUGCAGGUUCUGUCCCCUCUCUCAGACUCCAUCCUGGCAGAGAAGACAGUGAUAGUUCUGGAUGACAGGGUGACCAUCACAGAGCUGGGGGUGCAGCUGGUGUCGGGCUUGUCCGUAUCCCUGCAGAGCAGCAAAGGCAAUAAAAGAGCCAUCGUGGCCACCACCUCUGCCCACGACAUCCUGAGGACCCCCAAACAGGAGGCCGUGGUGAGUGCUUGGGUUCUGUUCAGCGACGGGUCGGUGACGCCCUUGGACAUCUACGACUCCAAGGACUUCUCCAUCUCCAUCACCUCCCUGGAUGAGAUGGUGGUGUCCUCACACCACAGCCUGCAGUCCCUCUGGCCCGUGGUGGUGGCAGAAGGGGACGGGCAGGGGCCCCUGAUCAAAAUUGAGAUGGUCAUCAGCGAGCCCUGCCAGAAGACCAAGCGCAAGAGCGUCCUGGCUGUGGGCAAGGGAAACGUCAAAGUCAAGUUUGGUCAGAAAGACCUGGACCAAAAAGGGAGCACCAACGACAUUGAGGACGUGGAGAAGGAUUUUAAAAGCCAUGCCAGCAAUGCUAUAGAGAAAGCUGCAGAGCAAGACAGGACAGCACAAGACUGGUCCAAAAACCUCGAGGACGUGGCGGGUCCUGAGGACAAUGCGAACAAAAGCACAACUUUCACGUCUCCCAUCGAUCAGGAGUCCCUGGAGGAUGGCCAGCUUCAAAAUAACCCAACUGCCUUCACAGGUUUCCCUACCCAAGUAGAAAUCCCAGGAGAGAACAGUCCCAGUGACCUCUCAUUGACUUCCAGAGGAUUGACAGACCUGGAGAUCGGCAUGUAUGCGCUGCUCUGCGUUUUCUGCUUGGCAAUCUUGGUCUUUUUGAUUAACUGCGUGGCAUUUGCUUGGAAGUACAGGCACAAAAGGUUUGCUGUGAGUGAGCAAGGCAACAUCCCCCAUUCCCAUGACUGGGUCUGGCUUGGAAAUGAGGUGGAGCUCCUGGAAAACCCAGUGGACAUUUCGCUCCCGUCGGAGGAGUGCACUACCAUGAUUGACAGAGGGAUGCAGUUUGAAGAAAGCAACUUUCUCCUUAAUGGGAGUUCUCAGAAGACUCUUCAUAAUCAUAUCCUCAGAUCUUCUGAGUACCUUUGUGAAAAAGAAGUUAAAAGUGAACCUAUAAAUCCUUCUGGGCCAAAGCAGAAGCGAGUAAAGUUCACUUCAUACACAACAAUACUGCCAGAGGAUGGAGGCCCCUACACCAACUCAAUUCUAUUUGACAGUGAUGAUAAUAUUAAAUGGGUAUGCCAAGAUAUGAAUCUUGGUGAUUCCAAGGAACUUAGGGACUAUAUGGAAAGACUGCAAGACAAUAUGUAAAACUACUUUCUUAUGUUUGUAAUCACCUUUAUGCCUUCUGUUUAUGGAUGGUGGAGCAGUCAGUCCAGUCAGCAAUAGGAACAAGACAGCCCAAGCCUGGAGGUACUGAGAUGAUGACCUGAUGUCACAGAGCAGGUCCAAGAGGCUGGCUGAGUUAAUCCUGUUUCACCACAAACCAGGAUGUGCCCCUAAACCAGCUCCCUGUAGGUGUUGGAGGUGCCACACACCAUGGCUGUUGUUGUACACUGCCUGGUUCUAGCAAAACGCUAAUCCAGCUGCGCUCAGACUCAGAGGAGACUCCGUUUGUCUGUCAUCUCUCAUGAGAAAUGGUAAAUCAGAAAAGAAAGGGAUGUUUGUUGGCAUUGAUUUUUUCUAGUCGUCGUCCUUUGUAAAGCACAGUGGACAUUUCUUGCUCGCAGCCUGGGAGGCUCACGGAGAAAGGGAUUGGAAUGAAUCUCACUUAUUGCCUAUGUGCAAUGCAGCCAAGUAUCUUCUUAUUUUUUACAGAUAUAAAAAAACCCCAUGUGGGUAAUUUCUUCUUAUAUUGUUUGUGAUUUUUAUUUGGCUUAGGGAACAUUAGAUAUUUUCUUUGAAGGGGGUUGGGUUUUUUUUGUUGUUGUUUUUUGGGUUUUUUUCUUUUUUUUUGGUUGUACCAAAGUGCAGUACAGUAAUAUUUAUAAUGAUUUGAGUUUUUUAUUCAUCUGCUUCAGCCCCCAGAGAUAUCUCCUUCAUCACUGAUUAUCUUCCUCCUUUCCAUAUGGGUCGUUAGUGUUUGAAACAGAGAAAGGAAUUAGAACUCUUACUGGGAAAGGCUUGUGUCUUCUUACAGGGAACUGUAAAUAUAAUAAUAAACCCUGGAAAAUAAAAAUCAAGGAGUAGCCCUGGGUUCACUUUUGUCAUUGCUAAUAUGAAAAAAUAACCUGUAAAAAAAAAAAAACAAACCCAGCAUAUACUUCAGAAGGGAAAUACUUUGCUGAAACAGCAGCUUGGCUGACAAUACAUGUUAUUAUCUGAGUGAGAAAGUCAAAUGUGGUACUAGAAUGUAUAAAAUAGGAAGGAAAUUUCCCAGCAAAUAAGCAAGGCUUGGAAUCUCUGUUACUGUGGACUAAUGAAUCCAUAGGUGGCAGAGUUCAGCAGGCCAGAGAAGUUCAUGCUCAACAGCCCCAGACCUUGUGUAAAACAUCCCUGGCCAUUAAAGAGAAAAACUUUACACCAUGUUUCAUUAAAAAGGAAAGGAAAGGCACAUUGGGACUGCAGUCACACGAGGGACCAUCCAGUUUUAUCAAGGAAAACAUGCUGGAAGUUCAAAGCUGCCAUUUCAUAUGCACCACAUGUAUUUUUGUACUGAAGGAUGACUGACAUAAGCUGAAAAUUGCAGUUAGGAAAAACCUGAAUCUACAGAAUACUAAAGCCCCCAGUAAAGCCUGUGUUCUUGUGAUGGAUCCUGUGCAAUAACCACAAGAGCCAAAUUCCAGCUGCCUUACCUACUGGAGUUCCCACCAGAUCAAAGCAAGAUUUGAAUUUAUAGUUCAGUGGUGGUAUUAGAACAAACCAGAACAUUGUGGGAAAUUCUUAUUUGGGUCCACAACUGGGAACAUAUUUAAUGUAACUGCUGCAAAAUACAGGAAUUUCAAUAUUGGGACUGAAAGUGAGGCUUAUAUAAGUGAUUAGAGAUUUCCUUCUGCUGGCACUGAGCUGCACAGGGAGGGGAUGGCAUCUGGUAGGAUCUAAUUUGGAGGAGAGAAAAUAAUAGAGCACAGAUAUGUUUCUGUUUCAUAAGGGAUGCAGCAUCAGAUGAAGUCUUGGGUUGUUUAACAAAUGUUCUCUCCCUUUCAAUGAGCCAGGAAAUAAGGAAAGAUGAAUUCUUUAUCACUAACAACAUAAAAAUCACUUUUUAGAAUUUAGCUUCUCUUCCCCAUGCAUUAUUUUGUAUUUGGCCCAACCAGAGAGCAGAACAAAAAACCCCUAUUUACUAUUGUUUGCACAAUAUAAUACAAACUGACCCCAAACUGAUUUAGUCCUGAAAUCAGAGGAACCAAGCUGCUGCUGGCAGGGGCAGGGGGCAGAGAGCCCAACCAGUCCUGAGUGCAAAGCCCUCAUUCCCUGGGGAAACCUUUCCUUCCAUCCUGCCAAGGCUCUAAUUCCUCAUGGAAACCUUUCCUCUAAUUCCCUCUGAGGCUCCAUUUCCUCAUGGAAACCUUUCCUUCCAUUCCCAAGUGAAAUGACAAUUGCUGCCCAUCAGGAGGGAGCACAGCUGCUCCUGGGAACCAGUUAAACAAUGGAACUGGGGACAGCUGUCCCCAAA